CGGCAACCCUGACGAAACGUAUGAAUACUACGUGAACGACAGUGUGCACAGCAGUGUCGGCCACGCCUUCAAGAUUUGCUGCAGAGCCAAGGCACCUUCUGUGCUGAAGAUAAGAAGAGUACUUGCCAUGGCGGAUGUUAGCAGACAGGACAUUGCAAAGGCAGAGAAAAGGGUGAUGAGCCCAACCGAUGCAAAGGAAGACAUGAUGUUGGUCCUCGGGCCUCACAUGAACUGGCAGGAGAUGCUGAGCCCGGCCCCACUGUCGGUGUGUCUCCUGGGUCAACUGGUGCUCGUCACACUGGACAAGGACGUCUCGCUGGUGUCAGAACACAUGGACAGAUCUGCUUUCAAGUACACGAAGUACCCUGAUUCAUUGAGGACAAGCAUCGUUCAGGUCGCCAACCAGGGAUGGACAUCCUUCAGCUGUGCCAACAAAAACAUGGACCAGAUCCGUCUGCUCACGCUGCAGAUACCUCUCCAUGUCAAGAAUGCUGUGAAGUUUAUCAUUGGGGGAUCUGAUGAGGAAAUACAAGAAUUGGUACCGGAUAUUUUGUCUAACAUAGAAAGGAUUACUGAUACCUGCAUCGUAAAGGCAGAGGAAGUGGAAACACAGUUUUCUGACGUCAUGGAUUUGAUAGGCGAACUACAAGAGGCCUGCACAUUUUCAAAGGGGGAAUAUGAUGACAAGAUCAGGAAAGCUGAAAAGGACAUUGAAGUGAAAUCAACGCGCAAGAUUGCAUUAGAAGAAAGAAAACAACACGCUGAAGAGGAAUACAAAGAAAUGCGAGAACAAUUCAGAAAAGCUCAGGAGUCGUAUGAAAAAGCCAUGGACUCCAUGCCCUCUGGAUGGGAAAUGCUGGGAAUGGAUUUCGUGGAGGGACUAGCCAAAUGUGCUGUCACAGCAGUCCAGGGCGUCACAAGUAUGUUCGCGAUGAAAUCUGUUGGUGGAAAGGGAAAGAAGACAAGAGGCACAGCGUCUGUGCAAUCCCAAACAGGAACGUCUGAGGAUGCAUUCAUGUUGGAGCUUCCAAGAAUUUCUCUCUGCAUACAGAACGUCAUGGAAAACUUCGUCUUGCUUUCUGAGGGGAAAGAACUUGAUACACUGACUCUGGUCGAGUCGACAUUAAGUGACGUCAUUAGUUCGCUUGCAUCCUACUCAGGUGUGUGCCGGGACAAAUUCGAUGGCAUCAAGGAGGAUGCGUCUCAAUUGAUCCAGAUUUUGAAGGAUGCCAACAAGCAACUGACAGGCAGGGAACAGCAAGUGGAGAAAGCGAGGGCGGUGGUAGUUAACCUAAAGGGAAAGAUGCAAGGUUUGAAAGUGUUUUGUGACACAGCAUUUGGAGCAAAGCCAUUACAGAUGCCGACCCCAAAGAUGUCAUCACAUGAGCAAGGACAAUCUGACUCAGCCUCUUCAAGACAAAGUGCGCAAGCCAGAUUUAAGGUUGAACAAGCUUCAUCUACCCUUGAGACCGUUAGAGAUGACUUCAGAGCAAAAAGCCAGAAGCUAGAGAAAGUCAGUGAAGACAUCACUGCAGUUAUCACCGAGCUUGCGCGGAUCCAACUGGACAAGGUAGACUUUGACCAGAUCAAAGCCUUAUUGCAGAGAGGUAUCAAGGCUAUUGGUGAAGUCAGAACCCAGUGGGGAAAAUUGGUGCGAUUUUUCCAAACAAUAUCCAACAUUAUUAAGUGCAGCAUGAAUGAAAAUGUGAAGAAUUUUCUACAAACAGCUGAGAAGGGGAAGAAGUUUCGUCUGAAGUACACCAUGUCGGACAUGCUCAGAGAUAUGAUCUACGUACAAGCCACCGAUGCCAACACCUUGGCCUACAUGGUUAACAACCUCGCUGAGAUGUAUGUUGAAGUCUCCCAGAAGCACUUGAUGGAUCAAGUUGCAAGUCUUGGUGAGUUGCUUGGACUGGAUCCGGAAAAAGACAAGGCUGCAAUUUCUAAAAGACAAACAGAACUGGAAACACAAGCGAAAGCCGCCACUGCCUCAAUUGCUGUCUUAGUUAAACAGAAGCAGAAAGAAUUUGACACAAAGGUGAAGAGCAGAAUAGAGAGAAUUGAAACAGAGAUGAAAGCAGUUCUUCCUCCACCUGAGCCGACAAACGCAGAAAUCGAGAAGGAGAAGAAGAAGGCCAUCAAAGAAGCCAAAGAGCUGAAGGCUAAACUAAAGGCAGAGGAUGUUGAUGACUGGGUGUGACUUCUGAUCAUUCACCUCACAACUGCAGGGUUCCAGGUGUGGACAAUACCACAGAACCAUGCCUAGUUUAUCAUAGUAACCAACAACUUCAGUAAACUAAUUUACACUGAUGGCCUGAGUAAGGGAUUAUAGAGUGCUUCUUUCAGUAUUGGCUAACUCCCUCGGCGCUUCAUUAACUUUUAUUAAUGCUUGGUUUAAAUCUUGACCAUGUUUGGAAACCUAAUUUACCUGUGACCUUCUCCCUUAUCUAUUGAAAAUAAUACUAGUAGCGAGGUUUCAGUGUGAGGACAUCAGACUUGGCAGUUGAACGUAGCCAUCAUAUAAAGACUCCAUAUAAAGAACGUAUCUUUGUAUUCUCCCAUGCUGGAGGUCGUGAUUGUGUGGAAGAUGAACUACAUAUAUAAUGGAUAUGUGACAGCUAUUCCCAACAGAGAAGAGAAUGUUCCGCCCCAAUUGCUGGAUGAUCAGUAUAAAUAUGUGUCUGAACAUCAAAGACGUCUGUCAUAGUUUGUGACUAUUCUCAUAUAAUUUCCGCCAUAUAUGUACUGUUCCAAAGCAGUCAUUUUAUUGGACAUGUGAUUAUGUUAUAAACUCCAAAUAGAAAUGUGUUUCACUUCACACUGUUGCUAUAUGUAUGCUCUCCUUUCUAAAUAAACCAGAUCCUGAA